AUGACCGGUGAUAAACCCCAAGUUAUUCAGAAGCAGCAUAGGGCUGAGUCCAGUAGGCUCAAUGUUAUUAUUGUUGGCGCCGGUUUGGGUGGUCUUGGAGCUGCCAUAUCAAUCCUUCUUGCCGGUCACAACGUUCACAUCCUCGAAUCUACCCCCGAGAUAGGCGAAAUCGGUGCUGGUAUCCAAUGUCUUCCCAAUUCCUCGCGCGUCCUCAUCUCCUGGGGUCUAGAGAGUUACCUCUCGAAACACGCUACCUCGCCACGACUGUGCAACAUGAUCGGCUGGAAAGGCAACAAAAUAAGUGACAUGGACUUUCAUGAGUACGAGAAGGAGUGUGGUACACCCUUCUGGGACUUCCACAGAGCAAAUUUGCACAUGGGACUGUUGGAGCGCGCUGUGGAGCUUGGUGCGAAGCUCACUACAAAGGCGCGCGUUGUAGACAUCGAAUAUGAGGAAGAUGUGGGAAACAAGGCUACAAGAGCCAUCGCUGUGUGUCAGGAUGGUACAAGACACAAGGCCGAUCUGGUGGUUGGCGCCGAUGGCAUCAACUCCAAGUGUAGGGAGAUAUUGCUCGGCCAUGAAGAUCCACCACUACUCACUGGUGAUCUAGCUUAUCGGCUGCUGCUCAACACCGAGGAUAUGAUGAAGGAUCCCGAGCUUAGAGGCUUCGUGGAAGACCCGCAGGUCAACUACUGGAUAGGCCCGGAUGCGCACGCUGUCAACUACGUCCUCCGUGGUGGCAAGCUAUUCAACAUGGUGCUACUAGUGCCAGAUGAUAUGCCCGCUGGCGCGAAUACACUCGCUGGAAACGUCGAAGAGAUGCGUGCUCUAUACAAAGACUGGGAUCCACGGAUACCCAAAUUGCUGGCGCUGUGCCAGUCUGUAGCCAAGUGGCGCUUGAUGAUCCGACCUGGUCUCGAUCCCACAUGGUCUCACGAGACUGGCGCAUACACAAUACUGGGUGACGCCGCGCACGCCACUCUCCCGUAUCUCGCGUCAGGCGCUGGUAUGUCGUUGGAAGACGGACACGUCCUUGGUUUAUGCCUAGGCAGGGUAAAGAGCAAAUCUACGACUGAGAAGAAGCGCGCGUUAGCUGUCUACGAGCGCUGUCGUCGUGAACGCACUGAGCGCGUUGUCUCGCGCGGAAACCGUCAGCAAUACCUUUACCAUGUCCACGAUGGCCCUGUACAGCAAGAGCGUGAUAGUAUGCUUCGUGCCUUUGGUGAAUUCAAUGGUAAGGGGAGAGUAAGCAAAGAGCAGUACCAGGAGAAGGGACUGAAUGUUGGCGACGAUCCUUUAGCAUGGAGAUGGGGUGGCGUCGGAAGUUGGCUCAUCACCUAUGUCUGUGAGGAGGAUGUUGAGACCAGGUGGAGGGAGUUUGAGAACGAGAGGAGAGCGGAGGUCAGGGGGAGUGAGGAGAGCGAUCCAGAUGAUCAAAACGACAACGAGGCGUACCACGCUUCAAACAUCGCCGACGAGCGCACACUUGCAUGGGCCUACAACUUGGAUUCGUUGCCAUCGGAGGAGUUCGCUGCCUACAACUGGCCACCAUCCAUAUACGAAGCAGCACAGAAUGUAUAUCCGACGUCUCUGCCGCCAAGACAACCUUACGUUCCGGCCCAUAAUCACUCGAUGUCGGUAGAAGGGUGCUGGCAGCCAUCGUCUACGGCAGUAUUCUCCCAUCCAGACCGAAGUCGGUAUCUCAAGCCGUUGCAGGUGAAUAGCAUGAACAGAAUGGACGGCGAAAAUCUUGUCACACUGGGCUACCCAGAUUUUGGACCAGGCUCGACGACAGACGACCUAACACCUUCAGUUUCCGAAAGUGCUAACGAGAACGAAGAUGUCAGCUCAAGCAUAGCUAACAACAAGCCAAGUCUGCGCUGUCCUGUCUGCGUGGACAAGCCGCCAUUCACUGGCCAAUAUGCACAGAGAAAUUUGAACCGCCACAUGGAGAGGCAUGGUGCAUGCACCACAGCAGGAAAUCACAGAAAUAUCCGUUGCGAGCAACCAGGAUGCACGUCAACGUUUGGGCGCGAAGAUGCACUGCUUGUCCACCUCCGACGGAGCCAUCCGGAGCUGAAUACUCCACCGGCGAAGAGGCGGAAAAGGUGA